AUGUUUAGGGGCCCCUCAGUGGCCUGUAGGGGUCUCUGGUGGUCCAGAUCCGGCCGCUAUCUGGCCUUCAUUAGAAUAGAUGAUCAUCGGGUGCCACUAAUACAGUAUCCCCUCUUCGAGCAUCAACAGUAUCCGACGAUGAACAAAAUACCGUACCCGAAAACAGGUGUCAAACACCUGCCCGAAGUAACAGUUCAUAUUUGGGACAAGAAAACAAGAAUAGUACGACAAAUGGAUAUCACCCUUCGAGACAAAAGCUUGGCAACUUAUUUGUUCUCAGGCUCCUGGAUAUCACUAUACGGCGAGGAUCUCUUCGUUGCCGUAUUUGCUAAUCGCUAUCAAAACAUUACAUCAAUCACGCUUUGUACUUUUGAUUCCGGAAAAUGCGUCUUGGUGCGGUUACAUUUUUCAUUUAAAAAAAAAACUGUUAUAACCCCACUAAAGAUAAAGAAUUUCGACCAGUACUACGGCAUCGAUCGGCAUCGAUUAUGGGCUGAGCCAGAAAAUCAUCGUAUCCAGCAUUUCUCAAACGAUUCCUACUUUGUUUGUUUGCCCGGCAAAUCUGCCAACGGCGAAAUAUUUACUCAAGUUGCUCGUGUAACUGUGCCGAGGAAUCUCACCAAUGGCCGCGCAGUACUUAUCACAUCGGGUAACUACGAUGUAACAUCAAUCAAUGGUUACAAUCCGAAAACCGGGCUGGUAUAUUUUAUGGCCGCAUCGCCAUUGCCCUCUCAAAGACAUCUCUACGCAACAUCACAUCAUGCGGCCAAAAUUGACAGUCCAGCAAAAUGCGUUACGUGUGGCGUCGCGCCGGAAUGCACAUUCCAGGAUGUGAUGUUCUCCAGAGAUGCUGACCAGUAUAUCUUGAGCUGUCGAGGGCCCGGGGUACCACGAGCUUUUCUCUCAUCGAUCUCUUCGAACAAUUCGUUAACGGAAGAGUUGACGGACUGGAAGAAACUGGAACAAAAGUAUAACGAAAAAGCACUGGCAACAGCGAGGUACGAAAAUGUUACCCUCUCCAGCGGAUAUGGUAAGCACUGUUAUCACCCAGAAAGCCGUUGCAAAGUUGCAAAGGUAAAAAUGUUGCUGCCACCGGGCUUUGAUCAGGGAUCAUUGGAUGCGAGAUUUCCAGUAAUUGUUUCUGUAUAUGCAGGGCCGGGAUCGCAGAAAGUCACGGAGGAAGUAACGCCGAAUACAUUAGACAUGUUUCUAGCUUCAAACACGAAGUACAUUGUUGUAUACAUAGACGGUCGAGGAUCCGGUAUGAGAGGUUGGAAGUACAAAGAGCCGGUCUAUGGACGUCUUGGCACCGUCGAAAUUGAUGAUCAGAUCGAAACAAUGAAGUAUACAUCUGAGACUUUAUACAAACAAUUUUUUGUUGUAGUCAAACUACAAAGGUUCCUGUGGUUUUUCAGAAUUUUGGCUGCCAAGCAUCGUUUCAUUGAUUCCAAGCGGAUUGGAAUAUGGGGAUGGAUGCCACUUACACGGAGCGUUACAUGGGCGAUGCAUCGGAGCUUGCAUACGAAAGAGCGAAUCUUGUUCGCAAUAAUUAUGCUAAUCUAUGUUUGUGACCCCAGAAAUUAUCAUUUUACAGAUAAUGUGCAUUUGCAAAAUUCGGCGGAACUAAUCCGAGCAUUGGGUGAAGAAAACAUACAGUUUCAACUGAUGGUAUGCAGAUUUUUUCACCUGAAUUAA